AUGAUGAAUUGUAUCAUACAACGCCAUGCAUAUAUUCGCCUCAGCAGCAACCUUGGAAGUUCCGAUCUCGCCGUCCGGAUGGGCGAUCUUGUGGGUGGCAGCGGGAGCAAAUCCAAAUGGGAAAGAAACUUUGGUAUUGCAGAUCGUUGUCGAGGUGUCCAGGUUAGAGACAUCGCGAAGAACGCGUGGGCGGAUCUUAUACCGGUUGAAGGCAUCUUCGUUGUCUUUCACGCUAUGAUUGUGUUAUCAAGAUAUGAUAUGAUAUGGAUAUUAUCCCACCGGAUGCCGCAAUACACAGAUCUAGUAGAGCUAGCUACCCUUGAAUACUCUUGGGAGUUUCUCCGAUGCCUUGGCCUGCAAGUCGGCAAUGGAGAAGAUCUCCGAGUCUAG